CAUGCACACCACCAGGUGAAGGGAAAAAUGAUUUUAUUCCAAUAUUUUGCUUUAUAAUUAUAUAGUUGGAACUUUCACUUAAAAUUCUUUUCUAAGUUGGGCUCCUCUCCAAAGGAGCCUAUUAAAGGAACCAACAGCAACAAAAGAAACAAACACAGAGUUUUAGGAUGCUGAGAAAGGGUGAAGUUAUUCGGAGUCACCCCGAUGCUGCACUUGAGUUAAACGUGGGGCCACAGGUGGAGACAACCUGCCUUGAGAAGACAGAGGACAUUUCUGUGACUGAAGACUACAGCCUCCUUGAAAACCAGCUCCGUGUAGAGGAUUUUGUGAAGAUGCAACAGGUCUUUGAGUCCCAAGAUCCAAGACAAACCAUAUGUAUGCCCAGGGAAGAAUUCAUACAGAAGAUGCCAGAGACUUUGGGCUGGGGCACCAAGCAAGAAUUUGGAGAACUCUUUGACAAAGUGGAUGUGGCCCGGGAUGGCUUCAUUGACUGGGACAGGCUGACUUCAUUUAUACUGCUAUCACUUUAUGAGAGAGAUGAACGAGCAAAGGCAACAGUGGUUCCUCAAUGGAAGGACCUUGUAUUUCUCCCAGGAAAACACAAGGACACCAUCCAGAAAGUUGUUUUCUUAAAAACGUCAAGUCGUUAUUUGACUAUCAGCAAGGAAGGCUUACUAGGAGUCUGGGGAGAGAACUUAAAAUUGCAAGAAGCACUUCCUAUCACUUCAGAUGCUAGCAAACUCAAACAUCUCUGGGUGACAAGUUUGGUUUCUCUGGAAAAUGUUAACAAGAUAGCAGUGGCCUUUACAAGCAAAGAGAUUUGUUUCUAUGAUCUACUGUCUAAAGAAGAAUUUCCUUGUCAAUACAAACUCCAAGGCCUGGAAGGAACGCCCAUCUGCAUGGAUUAUUGGUAUGAUCCUCUUGAUCCUAAGGAAUCCAUCCUUUCUUUUGGGGAUAUAACUGGAAAGGUUCAAGGGAUUGCUUUCACGGCAGCCACCAUUUCCCUUUUUGAACGGCCUGCUAAUGCACGUGACGAUGAAGAAGCCACAAUGACGAUCGACUGGCCAGAGCUGCUUUCUGGAUGUCACAAGUGUUGUUGCGUAUUACAGCACACACUUCAUCAUGGAGACUGGGUCAGGCAAGUUACUUACAAUGCCUCUUUAGAUACAUUCAUUUCCAGCACAACCAGCAGUACAAACACUGUGGUGCUGGCGUGGAGAGAGAAGGCAAAAAGGCUCCUUAAAAUGACACCUUUCAACAUCGCCCAGGGCGUUCACGCUUUUGAUUACCACUCUCAGCUCAAUCUAAUUGCGACGGCUGGCAUUAACAAUAAAGUUUGCCUCUGGAAUCCCUAUGUUGUCUCUAAACCAGUCGGUGUUCUAUGGGGUCAUUCGGCCAGUGUCAUAGCCGUCCAGUUCUUUGCUGAAAGAAAACAACUUUUCAGCUUCUCCAGAGAUAAAGUCCUGAGACUCUGGGAUAUUCAACACCAGCUGUCCAUUCAAAGGAUAGCUUGUGCUUUCCCUAAAGGUCAAGACUACAGGUGCCUUUUCCACUUUGAUGAAAGCCACGGACGACUUUUCAUCUCCUUCAAUAACCAGCUUGCCUUGUUGGCCAUGAAAAAGGAAACCAGCAAGAGGGUGAAGAGCCAUGCCAAAGGGGUCACCUGUGUCCUUUACCAUUCCCUCCUGAAGCAGGUAAUCAGCUCUGAUGUGGGGUCUACUGUUUCCUUCUGGAUGAUAGAAACCGGGCAGAAAAUCAAACAGUUUUCUGGUUGCCAUGGCAACGCAGAGAUCAGCACCAUGGCCUUGGAUGCAAAUGAGACCCGGCUUUUGACUGGCAGCACAGAUGGGACUGUAAAGGUGUGGGACUUUAAUGGCUAUUGUCACCACAGCCUAAAUGCUGGGCAAGAUGGAGUUGUGGACAUUUCGCAGAUCCUGGUUCUUAAGAAGUCUAUCCUGGUUGUGGGAUGGGAGAGAGCAGUUACUGUCUUUCGACCCCAGAACUUCAAUCAGUUUUCCAUCCAGUCCGAAGAAUGGAAAGGAGGAAUCCAUCACCAAGAUGACAUCUUGUGUGCUGCCUUUUUACCCCCACAAACUCUUGCUACAGGGAGCUAUGAUGGAGAAAUUGUUCUGUGGAAUAGCAGCACAGAAAAUGCUCACCAUGUCCUUCACCCUGAUUCCCAGAGGCAGCUAACAUCUAAAUUAGACACAGAAGCCCAAAAACUUAAUGCCAAGAGAAGUUGCUCAGCACACUGUUUGGCAGAGCAGGCCACUCAGGCUGCCCGAAAAGUUGAGACUGACACAGAAGGUAACAAUGCUGUUACGAAACUUUGCUUCCUCGAAGGAAGAAGAAACAAUGCGGCAACAGGAGGUGCUAACCUGGUGUCAUGUGGAGCAUCUGGUUACGUCAGGUUCUGGGAUAUAUUUAAGAAAGAACUCUUGGCUGAAUUUUUGGCUCAUGCUGGAGUUGGAUCCAUUAUUAUGUCUACUGAUAAACAAAAUCAAUACCUUGCCACUGGAGAUCCCGAUGGAUGGUUGAAAAUCUGGAACAUAGAGAACUAUUGUACCAAUUCCACUGGGAACAAAAUCACCCAGCCUCCAACCUUGCUCAGAUCAUUUCAACCCCAUGAGGACCGAAUAAGUUCUUUGCAGAUGUGUGAGUCACGUGGUCACUUGGUUAUCAUUUCCUCCUCUGCGGACUGCAGUGUCUGUGUGACUGGGCUUUGCGAUGCUCCUGCCUUGGUCUUUGGUCAGGCAAGCCGUUGGGAUAUUGAAAACUAUUUUUCUCUUUCUAAAAGAGGUACUAGUUUCAUAGAAAGUGAAAGUCAAGAAGAAAGUGUGAAAAUAAUUCCUGCCUUUUCUAAAGAGGAGUCAUGUUUAGCCCCGACAGAAGACUUUCUACUAACUGAAGAAAUCAAAGACAAUUUAAAGCACCUAUCAUUAGAAGAAACAAAUUUCAGCCUGAAAUAUAAGAAGAGAAACAUCGAUAAGAAGAAAACAUGUAAACCUUGCUAUCAUGAAAUUACACAGAAAUCAGUCAGCACCUUUAGGUCUUUAAGCCUUAGAAGCUUGAAAGAGCUGCCUGAAGUGACUCAACCUGCAUUUCUUCUUGACCCCGACAAAUAUUUUAAGGAAGAACCAGAGGAAGAUGAACCCCCAAUCCCGGAGCUCCCUUUGCUCUCUGAAACUUUGAAAGCUGUAUUUGUUGAGAGAAACCUGUUCCCUAAAGAAAUUCUUGAUCAUGAAAGACAAGACAAGCAAUUAUGCCAAGAAACAACUGGUGAAGUGAAGGUGAAAAGAAACAAGAAGCAAUUAUGAUCAAACAGAAAAACAAACACACCGCUGUGGCAUAAAGCACUCCCAGAAAAUGCCAAGAAAUGUCCAGAAUUCCCCUUCUCUGUUGCUUUACCUGUAAACUUCAAGAAACUAGGUCUUCAGACUGUGUUUGUUCUGUUUUCAUUCAGAAUUGUCCCCUCCUCUGUCUAAUCUAAGAAAAAAUAUACGAAAGACUGGCUUAACAUGGAGGAAUGCCAUUUGGUUUUAUCUAUUUCAGAAGAAAGUAUUUUACUGCCGCGCACCGCGCCCCCGUGUCUGCGCUCUGUGUGCUGGCAUCCAGUUCGCGAGCUUCCGGCAAGGGACUGGAGGUUAAAAUACACAGACACACACACACACAGACAGACAGACAGCGACACGGGUCAUCCUUGAAUUCCCCAAGAAUGCCCCCUUUAUUGUGUUCAGGGGCAGAUUAUAUAGAGAUAGCCACGCCCCAGCCAAACCCACCAGAAACCACUCUCCUGCCAUCAGGAACUCCUGAAGGUCUCGUGCUCAGAGCAGCUGUAGGCACUCAGAUCAGGGGAUUUCAAGAAAUUCAGGAUCUGGGGUCUCACUGCUCCCAACAUUUUACCUAGUUGUCCCUGUAAUUGCCACUGUAGACAGACAUUUAUAAUGUCUUAUUAUUAAAUCUUCAUUAACAUAUAUAAAGUCUAGCAAAUUAAAAAAAAACUCAUUUAAAAUUUGUUUAUUUUAAGGUUCUCCCUCUUUGUAAUUCGUUUUUCCUCAAUUUUGAUAUUGACAAUUAGAUAGCAGCAUGUUUUAUUAUUUUAAAAUAUACUUUUAAAAUAUUCUUUUAAUAUAUAUGAAUAUUUUAAGAAGUUUUAGCUGUACAAAUUUAUGGUGUAUAGUGUUAAAAUUUGCAACACAUUAAUGAUCAAACUGGGGAUAUCGACAUUUAAAAGUCAUUAAGUAUUUUCAAAUAUUUCUGAUUAACAUAUGGCCAUUGAACAUGUGGCUGUAUGCAGUGAGCUUAAUAUUUCAACACAAAGAUUUAAUAUGUAGUAGUCCAAUGAGAAUAAGUAUUUCCACGUAAUCGUUUUCGAAUUCUCUUCCUGCUUAGAGGAAUAUGCCUUUAGAGCUUAAUUUGUGGAAAUAAUCUGGUUUUGUAUUUGGAAACUGAGUGGCAUAAUAGCCAAAAAAGUUAACAACAUUGAGAAGAGCAAAACGCCUGGACUUUUGCAAAUACAUCACAGUCCAGGAAGACUCACAUAGGCCAUGUUUGGUUCUGAAACUUACUGCUUUUCCUUGUAAUAAACUUUUCUUUAUGUACAUCAAACUCCAGGAAACCAGUAUUGUUGUAACAUUCUUUAUUGUACUCUUCAGAAAAAUUAAUAAAUUCAUUCAGUUUAUAUGCAUAUGUUUAUAUUUUAACGAGGCCUUAAAAUAUUUGGACUGUAAAAGUCAUGAAAUAACACUUGCAAAUAAAUAAUUAAUAUAUGGUAGAUAAUUUUGAUCAACAACCAAAACAUUCAGUGUGUCUCAUAUGCAAUCCUUUAAAAUUUAUCUAUUUUCAUGUUGAAAGAUGACAUAUUUCUUGAUUAUGAGAUUGUCUACUGAUUAAAUUUCAG